CUCUCACACACACCUGAAACACACGCACAGGCAGUCACACAUACCUCUCGCCAACAACCCCAUCCGGUCUAACACUCUCAACACCUGAGCACCAGCACAAGCCUUGGAGCUUCCCAACGUCCCGAGAACGCUUGAUCUUCACCAUCAAGGCCAAGAUGCACCUAACUUCGCUCGUGCUACCGAUGCUUUGCCUGGGGGUGGUUAUUGGCGUUGCCACCGCCCAAACCUGCGACAAUGGUCUCGCGGGUGUCUCCAAGGGCGAAUACUGCUGCACUCUAGGGUGUGGCACGUGCGGCGGUUCGGGUUGCUCGUCGAGAGCUGAGGGCUUGACUGGCGACGAUUGCUGUACCUCAAACAUCGCAUCGAAUGGCAUCCUGUGCGCGGACUCAGGCGCUGCACCUUGCAUCGGCGACGUCGGCGACGACGUGCCCAACGAGACUGAGGGUUUCCUCGGGUGCUUCUCCGACCCGGCCGACAGCCGCGUGUUCGUGCAGGAAAUCUCCUCUGCUUCAAUGACCGCGGAGGUCUGCUCGGAGGCCUGCGCCGGCUCGGCGUACUACGGAACGCAGUACUCGACGGAGUGCUGGUGCGGCGCCGAAGGCGCUGACUACGAUGCCAACGGCGCGGGCGUCUGCGACAUGCCCUGCGGCGGCGACGCGGGCGAGACCUGCGGAGGUUUCUACGCCAUGUCGAUCUACGAGCACGACGUGGACGGCGGGGAAUCCGACGACCCCUCCUACCUGGGGUGCUAUUCCGACCCGGCCGACAGCCGGGUGUUCGAACAGAAAAUCUCCUCUGAUUCCAUGACCGCGGAGGUCUGCUCCGAGGCCUGCGCUGGCUCGGCGUACUACGGAACGCAGUACUCGACGGAGCACACUGUGCACGCCUCCCACGUGUCGACGAAAACACCCUCCGUUGUCCACACACCACCGACUCUCCCUGAUAUUGUGCCGCUCCUUUGCGGGAACGCCACCCACUACUGCUUCGCCUUCUAUAAACAGUGCUGGUGCGGCGCCGAAGGCGCUGACUACGAUGCCAACGGCGCGGGCGUCUGCGACAUGCCCUGCGGCGGCGACGCGGGCGAGACCUGCGGAGGUUUCUACGCCAUGUCGAUCUACGAGAACGACGCGGACGACGGGGAAUCCGACGACCCCUCCUACCUGGGGUGCUACUCCGACCCGGCCGACAGCCGCGUGUUCGUGCAGGGCGUCUCCUCUGCUGCAAUGACCGCGGAGAUCUGCUCAGCGGCCUGCGCCGGCUCGGCGUACUACGGAACGCAGUACUCGGUUGAGUGCUGGUGCGGCGCCGAAGGCGCUGACUACGAUGCCAACGGCGCGGGCGUCUGCGACAUGCCCUGCGGCGGCGACGCGGACGAGAUCUGCGGAGGUUUCUACGCCAUGUCGGUCUACGAGAACGGCGCGGACGACGGGGUACCCGAUGAGUUCUCGUGCUCCGGCGACGCCGGAGUGUCGUCCGGCUCUUCCUGCUGCGAAGCCGACUGCGGCACUUGCGGAGGAUCGGGUUGCAGCUCCCGCGGCUCCGGCGCCGCUUCGUGCUGCACCUCGAACAUCCAGUCCGCCGGCAUCCUUUGCUCCGACUCCGGGGCCGCCCCGUGCAUCCUCUAAGUUUCUACCCUCGCUGUUAGGUGAGCCCCGCCCCUGUCCCCGUCUGGGUUCGAAGCGCGUCUUGCGAGUGGUUGUUCGACGAAAGCCGUUAGAAAAGACCGUCGGGUCCGCACCCAAUGCAUCAGGUUUUAGUGCCGCGUGUGUGCUUUCGGUGAUAAAUCAGCACGUUCUGCCGCGCCCCAGGGUGGGAAUGUUUAGUUGUUCCAUUUUCUCUCCUGGCAACCUGCCUCUAAUACACCACAGAGGUUUAUGUUGACAACCUAUCGACGACUAAUUGGAGUCGUCUUUUUUUGUCCCUGGUUCGCGACUAGACUCGGAAAAAAAAACAUCGUUUCUUCUUUAGUUCUUGCCCAAGACCUUGAGAAAUUUAUGGUGUAGAUCGACGAACCGCUGUUGUCGCUGUGGCCCUUCCUUGGUUGUGACUACUUCCCUUCCUCUCUGGCCACGUACUUUUUCGUCACUAUCUUGCUUGGACCGUGGGUUUGUGUUAGCAGAUAUUACGCCGCGUUACGCGCAUCUCGCCCGUCAGGGUAUGCCGACCAACCGGGCGACGGUACUUCUUCUCCACCAAUCCUGGAGAAACUCGGCGCAAUUGGUAUCGUUUCAAACCUCUGGAGACGGGGCAGAUUGGGCUUGUUCAACUUAUAUGCUACAGUAAAGGUUUCGAUGGACUUACUCACAAACAACGAGUGGGCUACAGUAGCGACUCGGGACUUGUAUUGACAGCUUGUAUGGAAUAGCGACGAGUGCUUUUGAUUGACUUUGAGACCGCCAACAUGGGAAAUGGAAUAUAGAACGUUUGCGGGGUAGGGGAAUAGACUAGAAAGAGAGCCCAGGAGGCACGUAAGAGUAGGAGGAGAGAUCGCUAAGCAGGGAAACAGCUCGACGCCGCCACGAUACGUGAACGCGUGUAUGUAAACUCGUUCGUUUCUGAUUGCCUUGACUACCCUAUCGACCAAGUUGCUCUGAACAGACUCCGACGGUAGGCCUGUUUCGUUUCAUGUUUCUCCUGCAUCUCGUGUCCAUCCGCCCGAAUUCAGACACCUUGAAUGUUUCCAGCCGGGCCGGGGGGGCUGUCUGAAAAAAAGAUAAGGACUGCACACCCCCAACAACCCAUUCGCACCGCCGCGUGCAGAGAGAGCACACACCAACCAACGUGUGUCCAAGCGAUCUCCGUUGAAUAUAUUCGCUUUUUGGCGAGGGUCACCCGCACCAGGAAGUGAAGUCAAGACGAACCCAACAGCGUAUGUCUCUUUUUUUGUUCUUGAUGCCGUUGUCAAUCACUUGGAUGAGGCCUCCUGCCUACCAAAAGCUCCGUUGUAGUCAAACAUAUACCUUUUCUUCGAUGGCUGGCCGGGGAACGGGUAGUCUACCUUCUCACAGAUCUCCGCAAGUUGCUGGAACCCUGCCGUUGGACCUUCUUCGGGACACUUCGUAAGAGCAUUCCAAACUUCACGGCUUGCCUACCCGCUGUAUGUGCAGAAACGAUCGCGAUGAAGCAGCGUGAACCCGCUUUAGACUAUACCCCGCA